AUGGUCAGGUUCCAACCUGAGGUAGACCAAUAUGAGGAAAUGGAGAACGAUGCCAAACCAAAGGUCGAUCAUGUAUUAGUAAAGGAGAUUCGCGAUCUUAAGGAAGCAAUGAGAAACCUUCAAAUUACUAAGGAAAGCAAAAGCCUAGAAUAUGAGGAUUUGUGUGUGCAACAUAACAUUGACUUGCCUGUAGGAUAUAAGCCUCCAAAGUUUGAUUUAUUCAAUAGAUUCAGUGAUUUACAUGCACAUUUAAGAGACUACUAUGACAAGUUGGUAGGAGUAGGGAGAAACAAAAUGAUUAGAAUGAAAUUAUUCAUAAGAAGUUUGUCUGGUGAAGCUCUUGCUUGGUUCAACACAGAAAUCACACCAGUUAGGUUCUACUUGGCUAAGUUAAAGAAGAAGUCAACUGAGACUUUUAGUCAGUAUGCUCUGCAUUGGAGGGUGGAAGCAGCUAGAGUCCAACCACCAAUGAGUGAAAGUGAAAUGAUCUCUACCUUCAUUGAAUGCCAAGAUAACAGCCUCUACUAUGACAAAAUGAUAACUAUGAUGGGACAAAAGCUCAUGAAAGUCGUCGGAAUAAGGGAAAUCUUGGAAGAUGGGAUAAAAUCAGGAAGAAUCCAAGACUAUACAUCUUUACAAGCUGCAAGCAAAGCAAUUCAAUAUGGUUUCAUUAAUGAGAACAAAAAGAAGAAAGAAGAUGUAUCUUCCCCAUGA